CUCGCAGCGGCCGCACACGUCAGCGCGUCUGCCGGGCCGGGCUGUGCAGCGGGAUGAGCCGGACGAGGAAGGCAACGGCGGCUUUCGGGGCCGAACUGGGCGUGCGGAUCGCACUGUUCGCGGUCUUUCUGGUAACAGAGCUUCUCCCCCCAUUCCAGAGGCUCAUCCAACCUGAGGAGAUGUGGCUUUACCGGAAUCCUUAUGUGGAAGCCGAGUACUUCCCCACCAAGCCGAUGUUUGUCAUUGCAUUCCUCUCACCGCUGUCUUUGAUCCUCCUGGCCAAAUGUCUCAAGAAGGCAGACACCACAGACAGCAAACAAGCUUGCCUCGCUGCCAGCCUUGCCCUGGUUCUGAAUGGUGUCUUUACCAACACAAUAAAACUGAUAGUAGGGAGGCCACGGCCGGACUUCUUCUACCGUUGCUUCCCUGAUGGGCAAGCCCAUUCUGACUUGACGUGCACUGGAGAUGAGGACGUGGUGAAUGAGGGCCGUAAGAGCUUCCCUAGUGGACAUUCUUCCUUUGCAUUUGCUGGUCUGGCCUUUGCUUCCUUCUACCUGGCGGGGAAGUUACAUUGCUUCACACCACAAGGCCGUGGGAAAUCUUGGAGGUUCUGUGCCUUUCUCUCACCUCUGCUUUUUGCAACUGUGAUUGCACUGUCCCGUACCUGUGACUACAAGCAUCACUGGCAAGAUGUGCUAGUUGGAUCCAUGAUUGGCCUGACAUUUGCCUAUGUUUGCUACAGGCAGUAUUACCCUCCUCUGACUGAUGCUGAAUGCCAUCAGCCAUUUCACAACAGAGCUGUACUUCCCACUGCACAGAAGUCUAGUGAUCCUUAUCAUUUUGAUAUUUAGAAAUUGGAGCUACCUCAAUGGAGAAUAGUAGGUGAAUCAGACCCUCCAGUUGGGACUAUGGUAAGAUAAGAAUUUCUUACCUUCUGACCUCCUAAGAAGUACAGUGAAGACAUCAGCACUUCAUUUUGCUCCCAUAUGAUGAUGCCAUUUUGCCCCCGCUCACAUGAAUUUAGCAUGAGGAGUCAAGGAUCUUUUUUACUACUGUAUGCCGCACAUUUGGAUAAAGAGAUCUUUCAAUAGUCCUCCAACAGCUUAUGAAUCUGCUCCAUCAGAUUGGUAUCCCAAGAUCUACAGUGUUUUUACAUUUAAUUUAAAUGUCGUUCUUGGACGGAUCUUGUCAAAGAAGCAUUUACAUAGCCCCACUUUAUCUUAGGAGCUAGAGUUAAUUAUCAAAACUUCAUUUUCCAUACCUCAAAGUCUUAAAAUUUAGGGGCAUGACCAACUAAAUCAUAUUGGUUUUGUUUACUUUCCCUGGUUACAAUUCCAUUAAGCCUUAAAGAGGAAAGUGUUUGUUUCUAGCUAAUUUACCAUUGUUUGCAUAUCUUAUCCAGGCCCCCCCAGAUAAUACUAUGGGCAUAAAUAAUUUCUGAAAUUACUAAGUAAAAAAAGAAAUUGGUUAGGAGUAUGAUUUCAGUGCUAACAACUAGUAACUGUUUCUACCUCAUCUCUCCUUAACUGAGCUCAUGAGCUUCCUUCCCUCCCUUCAUGACUGAAGAUCUGCCCAAAUGCAUCAACUUUGCCAACUGGUUAAGGGAGGAAAGAGAAAUUACAGAUGUCAUUAUCUGGAGGACAACUAUAUCUUUUCUGUCCCUUCUUCACAAUGAACUAUAAGGAGCAAUUACGGAAUACCAUCAGACCUGAUGCUAUAGUACCUGCAACUACCUUUCUCUUUAUUGAGAUUUUAUGUUAAAUAUGACCUUGUCUUAUGUAUUUCUUCCUGUAUCAUUUUCAAUGUAUCUUUUUUCUUCAGUAAAUGUGAUAUUCAAAUAAAA